AUGGCACAUUCUCAGAUCGAUGGACAACUUCAAGUCCAAGUCCAUUCCACACCCUUCACCGGAACACGCUCGACGACCACCCGGAACAACCAGAGCCCGGACUUAUCAGCGUUCUUCAUCCACAGCACCGAACACCCACAAGGCCAAAUCUUCUUCGCCACCAAACCUGCCGCUUCCGAGCGCAAUUCGAUAUCACCGCUCAGGGUCAAACGUCCCAUCGAUCCGACCAAAACAAAACACUCCCUAGAAGCCCUCACGCCCUGCACACUGUUCGUACAAUACCGCUGCAAAACCAAAUGCCGAUCGCUGGGAAUCUGCGUGCACUACCAAUUCGUCAUCGGAUGUCGACGGUGUCCCGAUGGUUUGAGGUGUCCAAGAUGUAUGGCGAGUCCGGGGUCUCAAGAGGCCAUCCACGCAUCACGCCCAUGUCCAUUGCACCAAGACCUAGCACAAGCGAACCCGAUUGAAAAUCGGCCUGAAGAUUUUUUGGCGACAGAUGCACAGAAAGCGCUUUGCGACGAGAUAUUGAGACGGGCGAGUGAAGGACAGUGGGAGGACAUACCAGAGCCAGAGACGAAACGAGACGAUGCGAUGGGAGGCGUGGAGCAGGAUUUGCACGGCUUCCAGUGGGAAGGGGAACAAGUGCAAGAAAGAGCACACCCGGAGCCGCAGCCACCGAGCAAUGCAGAGGGGUCGGAUGGGAUCAUGGAUACAGUAAUAGAGGAGGAUGCUGGUACUGACGACGAUGAGGACGGGAAGACCAUCACUGGCGAGGCCAGUGUUGAGGUUCCCGCUCAUACCUUGCCGUCGCCUGGCGGUUGUGCUGGUCGUAUCAUCUCUCCUGCGUUGCUCGGUGGGCCUCUGGGCAUGCAGACUUACACAUAUGCAGCAAACGGCAGGCGUGCUGGGUGA